CCUGCAGCACCCCCCGCCAACCGCCUUGCUCCGUAGAGGUACGGCCGAGCACGCAGACAGCGCCGCUCAGAAGUGACAAGCCUGCAGCGUCAGUUGAGUAGGAGAGUCGCUGCUUUGACAGGUCGGCGCCGCCAGGGGAGCUAUUAUUCACCUCUACAUAUAACGACUGCCGUUGCUCUCCACCGCUAACGCUGCUCUCGUUGCGCUCACACGCCGUUCCCGCUUGGACUGUCCCCACUGGACGCUUGACCGAAUCCCACGCUUAUGCCCCUUCCUGCAGCUCGUCGUAGGCCAGCUCUCGGAUGGCCCUCUCGUACGUGCAGCCCUUCGGCUACAGUAGCGAGUCCUGCGGAUACUGCAAAGAUGCAUCGACUGGCCAUAGGAGGCUCAAUUCUCGAGCCAGCUACUAUUUCUCGUCAAAAAGCUUGUCGGUAGAUGUUUACCAGAACUUGGUGGAUCGCGGGUGGAGAAGAUCCGGCACUAUAUUCUACAAGCCUGAUGUUCUGCGACACUGCUGUCCACACUACACGAUCCGACUACCUGUAGCCGAGCUAAAGCCAUCAAAAGACCAGCGACGCACAGUCAACAGAUGGAACGACUUCGUAUUAGGUGAGGACUACAAGAAGGACAAUGCGAAGCUUCAUCCGGUGUCGAAAGAGGAAAAAGCACGCCUCAAGAAUGGCUUCGACCUGCUACUGGAGAUACACAGGGCUGACCUCGACAUUGUCAAGCAGCCACCGGAGCCUGCGCACCGUUUCGAGGUCACACUCGAACCGGCCGACUUCUCGAGAGAAAAGUUCUCUCUCUUCUACAACUAUCAGACACAUGUGCACAAGGAGAAGCCCAGCGACAUAUCCAUUUCUGGUUUCAAGCGCUUCUUGUGCACCUCCCCACUACAGCGCACCACUCGACAAGUCGAUGGCAAGCCUCAGCAACUUGGCUCUUACCACCAAUGCUACCGACUGGACGGCAGACUGAUUGCAAUGGGUGUACUCGAUCUGUUGCCGCAUUGCGUCAGCGGCGUGUAUCUGCUGUACCACUCAGACUACGAGAAGUGGCAAUUUGGAAAAUUGAGUGCUUUGAGGGAAGCCGCUCUCACCAUCAAAGGCGGUUAUCAGUACUACUACAUGGGCUACUACAUUCACAGUUGCACCAAAAUGCGCUACAAGGGUGACUACAAGCCACAGCACGUCCUGGACCCCGAAUCGUACGAGUGGAAUCCACUGGAUGGUGAGUUGAAGAGCUUGCUUGACAAGAAGAAGUAUGUUUCACUUUCAAGAGAGCGCGCACGGAAGGACUCGGUGGCUUCUACACAAGCGAAAAACGAUGAUGCUACUGCUCAGGACAACGACAACGGUGGCCUUGCAGGCUUCCCUUUCCCUACAGCAGCCGAAGCCGGCGAUGCGGUCCGCGCCGGAACGUCACUAUUCGACUUGAAGAUACCCGGACUUAUGACUGAAGACGAGAUCGAGAGUUCCUUAGAAAUUGGGUCAAUACCGAUUCGGGUGAGGGGUCGGCUCGCCGAAGCUCAAGUGAGUUUCUAGUGAUUGGACCUUUGAGCGACCAUUGACAGAACUUCAGCAUCUCCUCUCCUGGGACGAGGGUGAUGUCCGGCAACCACAUUCGAUAAAGGGUAUCAUUGGCGAGCUGGUUGCCUGUCUGGGGUCUGAAGCUGCAUCGCAGAUCGUGGUUGACUUGGGUUGACGAACACAAUGGACAAAGGUGGAUUGAUUGAAUCCGUAGACAUGAAGGCAUGACACGGUUACGAUAGAGGCAAUUGUAGUCACAGAUGAUGGUCGGAACAUACCACCUCAUGCUCAGCGUUCACUAUGAAAUUUCACGUAGCCAAUAAACUUCGAGUACCG